AUGUCAUGUCUUGGGUUUCUUGCACCAACAUCAACCAAGACGAUCCCAUGUAUGGCCAGUGAAAUCUUUUCAGGCAUCGGCAUCGCUCAUACAUGGCUGAAAGCGAGUACGUUCAACAGGUUCCACGAGGGCUUGGUGCGUGCCUUGGCUUGGUUGUGGGACAGGGCGCCAGCAAUGCUAUCGAGAUGACCUUGGUAGUGGGAGCGCAGGGACUGCAGCAAGGAUUUGUACAGCUUUGAACAGAGCUUUGCAAGACUUUGAGCCUGCAGCAAGCAGGUCAAAGUUUGAGAUUCUGGCCUGGGCCUGGAGGAGGCACUCUUGAGUCUGAACUUGGUAGAGAGAGGCCUUUGAUGGUGAUCGUGGUCAGAGUGGAGCAAAGGCCAGCUUCGCGUCUUCUCUUAUCAAGCCUCUGCGCUCUUCUUGGCCUCACCCCAAACAAUUGCAGCGCCGCGCGUCCUCACUUGGGGGCGUUGCUACCCCAGCACGCCUUGUGUUCCAGUGGGAAAAUCUUUUUUCUUUUCUUUGCAGGCAAAAAGCGCUAUUGUGAGGGAGGGGCUAAAGAAGCGACCAAAGAAUGUCAUGAUGCAGCUGAUUUGACAGAUGUUUGCAGGAACGCAGCAUUCAGCCCCUGCAGACUUUUCUGUCUCUCCCUAGCAAAGCCGAGCCAUCAUGGCGCAAUUUGCAACGCUUCUUUGCUGUUCCAUAA